AUGAAUGACAAGGCGAUCAGAGGCUUGCAUCCUGGUCCAGACGUCCCCCCUGAAGUUCUCCGUUCUCGGAACGAGCUUUUUAACAAGCUACGUAACCAGAAGAAGAACGCCAAGACGGGUAGUCUUUGGGACAACUUCGAUGUGGAGUGGUGGGGUGGUCUACCAAAGCUAGUCUGCUUGUUCGGCGAUGAGCCGCUCAGCGCCGCGAACCCAUCCUUUACCAACGCGCACCACAUCAAGCAAGGUGCUUGCAAGGCUAUCAAACAGCGUGCAGCGUCACUCAGCCAGCAACAGCAACAGAGUGGAACCAGCUCCGCUGCGGCGGGCCCCAGCACGGCGGAUCAGCAGGCCCUCUCCAAGCGCCGGCGCGGCAUUGAUGGCCAGACCCUCCUCCCAGUGAUUCCCGCGACUCUCGCGGGGCAAGUCGUGGAGGAGCUUGGCAUGUUCUUCUACAGGAACAACGUGCCUAUUCACCUGAUCGAGAAGCCCGAGUUGCGGAACCUAUUCGGGCUGCUGGGCGUCACCCUGCCGAACCGGAAGCAGUUGAUGGGGCCAAUGCUGGACCGCGCCUUGUCUUGUCAACACUGGGUCUUCUAUCUAGCCCUACGGGACGUGCUCCAAGUGGCGCCCGACGCGGCGCGCAUCCUGCCGCUGCCGCCGGUCUUGCACAUACAGCCUGCCACUAAUUCCACAACUGCCGCUGGCAGCAACAACAACAGCGGCAACAGCAGCAAUAAGAAUAACGACAGUAAUGACACCAAGGGUGGGGGAGCCGCCACCGCUGCAGUACCCGCGUUUUGGCACAUAUUCGCAGCAGUGCUGCAGUGCCCGGAUGAAGACCUGAAGUACGUAUUUGGUGAGCCACGAGGCGGCGUGUGGGUCGAUCUGUGUGACUUGGCGACGGGGGAGACGACACUGCUGCGCCACAUCCUCACCAACCGGGAGCCCAGCAUGCGGUGCGCGGUGGUGGUCAAUGACAUGGCGGAGCUCAAUAUUGACGCGGCGCUAGUGGCCCAGGGGUCACUGGCGGCCGCCGCCACUGCCUCUGCCUCUGGUGCCGCUAGUGGCGGCGGGCGUCGAGCUGACCGGUCGGCGGCGGUGACGGUGACGGCAGCGGCGGCGCCGGAGCGGUUAGUGGAGCUGCAUAACGGCUGCAUCUGUUGUACAUUGCGCGGAGAUCUCGUACAGCAAAUUGCGGAAAUUGCUGCCGACGGGCGAUUUGAUUAUUGCGUAGUGGAGAGCACGGGCAUUGGGGAGCCGAUGCAGGUGGCCGAGACGUUUGAAUUCCCGCUGGACGGAUCUGACCCCGCAGCGGCGUUGGCGCUGGAGGCCGCGGCGGCGGCGGCGGUGGCGGCGAAUGAUGACGUGGCGGCGGCGGCUCCGGCCGCCGGUCCCCGCCGUCUCGCUGACGUGGCUCGCCUGGACACGUGCGUCACGGUGGUGGAUGCGGCCAACUUGCUCGACAACCUGAACAGCUUGGAGACGUUGAAGGCCCGCCAGGAGGCUCAGAAGGUACACGCGCACGGGGGGGGCCGCCGCAACAAGAAGAUCCUAACGGCGGCAGCGGCGGCGGCCUCGUACGACGAGGUUGCUGACGAUUUAGAGGAACAGCAUGAGGAGUCCGAUCACGACGAGGAUGAGGAUGAGGAGGAGUUGGAGCGCAACGUGGCAGAUUUACUGUUGGAUCAAUUGGAAUUUGCUGACGUCAUCUUGCUGAACAAGUUGGACACGGUUCCCCCUGGCCAGCUUCCCCGCCUGGUGGCGCUGGUGGGCGCCAUCAACCCCUCGGCCCGGCUGCUGCCCACCACCCACUCCCAAGUCCCGCUGACUGAGGUCCUCAACACGGGCAGAUUCAGCUUGGAACGCGCCAGGGAGGGGGCCGGCUGGCUUCGGGCCAUUCGUGAGGGUACGGAUUUGGUUCCGGAGACGGCGGAGUACGGCAUUACGUCAUUCGUGUGGCGCUCCCGCCGGCCUUUCCACCCCGCGCGUCUGCACGCGUUUAUGAUGAAAUAUUUCGUGUUGCAGCAGCCGGACUGGUCGAUGGCGGACGGUGGUGACGGCGGCGGCGGCGAUGACGGCGACGGCGAUGCGUGUAACGGCGCGCAGGCGCUGCCGGCGCCGACAGGGCAGGCGGCACAUUGGGCAGGAGGUGCAGACAGCGCCGGAAAUACCAAUUUCGGUUUAGGGGGCAACGUGGCAGUGGCGGCAGCGAAAGCGCAGGAAGCGGCUGCCGCACUUGCAGGCGCGUUUGGGGGCUUUAAUGCUGGUCGUAGUGGCAACCUCGUCACCGCCGCCGGCACCCCUCCCGCUGCCGCCGCGACGGCGGCGGCCGCGGAUCCGGCCGCUGCGGCGGCGGCCAAGGGCGCUGCGGCGGCGGCCAAGGGCGCUGCCCGUACGGCGGCAUUUGGCCAAGUUCUUCGGUCCAAGGGCUUUGCCUGGCUGGCUGGCCGCGACGAUCACGUUGGCGAGUGGAGUAGCGCCGGCAACCUGAUGAGGUUUGGGACCGGCGGGCCGUGGUACGACGUACUGCCCAGGGAGGCCUGGCCUUCUGAGCCUGCCAAGGUGGCCGACAUCGAGAAGGACUUCCUUCCGGAAAUCGGUGACAGGCGGCAGGAGCUGGUGUUCAUCGGAAUAGACAUGCUCCGAGACCAGCUGGUGGCGGAGCUGGAGGCAUCUCUUGCCACGCCGGAGGAGGAGGAAGAGAUCAGGAAGGUGGCGGCUGUAGCUGCAGCAGCUGCAGCUGUAGCUACUACGGCCGCCAGCUGCGGGGCCGGCGGCGGCGGUUGUCGCGGCGGGCCGCAGCGGCCUCCCAGCUCACUGGACCCCUUCCUGCCCUGGCCGGACAUCCGCGACAUCAUGGAUGCCGGAGGCGAUGAAGAGGAGGAGGAGGAAGAGGGGGAAGAUGAGGAGGAACAAGACGGGGAGGAGGACGAGGAGGAGGGUUUUGAAGAGGAGGAGGAGAUUGGAGAUGACGGACCCGUGGGUCGCUGGGAGCCGGGGGUGGUGUUGGAGGACUUGACUGAGGGCGCUGCGGAGCUUCAACGGCUGUUGGAUGAGACGGAGCAGCCGGCGGUGGUGGUGUUGUGGCACGCGCCCUGGGCCGCCGCCAGCCGGGAAGCGGAGGCGGGGCUGGCGGCGCUGGCGGUACGGCAUCCGCAGCUGGUGUUCGUACAACUGGACGUGACGGCGUCGCAGGCUAACGAAGCUCUCGCAGUGGGGGGUUGCCGGCUCAUGGUGCUGCCCAGCUCCCGCCGCUCUGACGCCCGACCCACCUUGCGUGACGGCUCCAAGUGGCCCGCACUCACACUGCACGUACCGCCGGGCUCGGGACUGCAGUACGAGGCCUACUUUGCAGGUCCCUCGGCACUGGCGGACCUCAGGUCGGAGCUCCUACGCCGCCAGGCAACUUGGGCCCCGGACGCGGCUGCAGCACCGCCCGCCGCCACCUCCACCGCCGCCGCCACCGAAACGUCUGCUGCACCAUCCGCUGCAACCGCGCUGCGGCGGCGGCGCCAGACGAACCAGUUCGACCCCGCCACGCAGCCGUCGAAGCCGACGUCGACAUCAACUGGGGCUGCGGCGGCGGCGGCUCCGACGGCGGCGGCGGCGGCGGCGGUGGCAUUGGCGACAUCCACAUCGAAAUCUGAUUGUUCCCCAGACCGCAACAGCCAUCACCACAGCCAUAGCAACUCGCAGCAGCAGCAGCAGCGGUCGCUGCCCCCUCCGUCCCCUCCUCCCCCCCGGCUGGUGGAGCUCCGGAGGGGGGCGGCUGACCUGAAGGCUCACCUGCUGGAAGCUCGGGACUCAGGAAGCUGCCUAGUGGUGGUGGCCUGGCUGAGUGCACCGCCGCCCAACUACCCGUCCACCCCCACGGCCUCAGUACCGUCGUCCUCAGCUAGCGGCGGCGCAGCCGCCACCAGCACCCUCGCUACACCGCCGCCGGCAUGCCGGAGCGCCAUACAGCAUCCGUCAUCAGCGCCGUACAGCACCCAGGACGGCGGCGCCGCCGGCUUGGAGCUUCUAGAGCUCUCGGAGCAGGAACAGGCGACGCUGCGUGUCGACGUCGCCGCGGCGUGUGCGUCGUACGGCGGUUCCGUACGGGUAUUGUUUGCGGAUCCCGGCGCCUCGGCGGCGAACCGAGCGCUGGCGGAGGCCUUGCGGGUGGCGGCGGCGCCGACGCUGCAGGUGUAUGCUGACAUGAAGAUGGUCAAAUCACUCAAGGGCGCAGCAGCGGUCGGCAAGCUGGCGGCGGCCCUUAGGGAUGUGGCGCCGGCGCCGCCGCCGCUGCCGCCGCCGCCGCUGCUGCCGGUGGGAACACCAUCAGCCGCGUCAGCGGCUAUAACCUCUCAAUCCAUAGAAACGUCGCCAUCGACGCUGUCUCCAGGCUUUUUGCCUGUAACUGCUGCUACUACGACAAGUGUCACUGCUACUGCUAUUGCCCCUUCGGAUCACCCACAAACGCUGCACCCACAAGCGGACAAAGCGAUUAGUAUCUAUGACCCUCCGACCGGCAAGUAUGCCAAGCCGGGCAUGCGCAAGCAGUUUGGACCUCGUGGUCGUGGUGUGUAUUGGCCCCGCAUGCCGUGUCUGCGGUGUGGGUGCCCCUGGUGGCUCGGGGAGGACUGGGACGCCGAGUGUGUCAGGUGCGGCUGGGAUUGCGAGGCAGACGGUUACGAUGACGACUCCAACCCGCUACCCGCCUACAAGGCCAAGUACGACGCAUUUACGGCAGCGCUGCGGGAGGGCCGUACGGCGGUUUGGAAAGGAAAGCACGUGGGGCCCCAAGGCUGA